AUGUAUUUAUUAGUUUUGGUGAUCUUGACUGAAGGAUCCAUUAACGUUUUCUGUAGCUUGUUCAUGAAAUUGGCGUUUUGCAAGCAAAAAAAGCGGGAAAUUUUGAAAAGCAUUUUUACAGUGAUGUGCUACAACGUUCUCUGCGACAAGUACGCCACCCGGCAGAUGUACGGCUACUGCCCCAGUUGGGCCCUGGAGUGGGAGUACCGCAAGAAGGGAAUCCUUGAGGAAAUACGUCACUAUUCAGCGGAUAUCAUCAGCCUCCAGGAGGUCGAAACGGACCAAUUCUACAAUUUCUUCCUCCCGGAGUUGAAGCGCGAAGGCUACGACGGAAUUUUCUCCCCGAAAUCUAGGGCUAAGACCAUGGCAGAAAACGAUCGGAAGUACGUCGACGGGUGCGCCAUCUUUUAUAGAACAGCUAAAUUCACGCUUAUCAAAGAGCACCUCGUGGAAUUCAAUCAACUCGCGAUGGCCAACGCCGAGGGCUCGGACAACAUGCUGAACCGCGUUAUGCCCCGGGAUAAUAUCGGAUUAGCAGCUCUUUUACGGACUACUGAAGCUGCUUGGGACAAUGAAAUGUCGAGGUACAACGAUCAAGAUAACAUGUGGGCGCAGCCUCCCCAAGGGCAGUAUAAUUUCGAACCCUCUGGAUUCGGACAACCUAACCAACAAUUCGAGUUUCAAAACUACAGCUCCGAGCAACCCAGCGACUUUUCGUACUCGCAACCUUACCUGGACCCGACCCAGAACUCAUAUGGCGGGGAGAUGAUGUACCCGAGCGCAGACUUCGGGAAAGCUCCAGGAUUCACCGAAGAAGAAGACGAACCUCCGCUGCUGGAAGAACUGGGAAUAGACCCGGACCGCAUAAUGCAAAAAACUCUGGCAGUGCUGAACCCGUUCCACCGCCGAGGUCAGACCGACGACGCAAAUUACCUUCUUCAGGACUCUGACCUAGCUGGACCGGUAGCUUUCUGCUUGAUACUCGCGGGAUUUCUUCUUCUGGCGGGAUCCAAGGCCCACUUUGGCUACGUCUAUGGCCUGGCUUCGACCUCUUGUGUGCUGAUGUAUCUGCUCCAGUAUCUGAUGAGCAGCACUGGGAACGUCACUAUUUCUUCAGUGGCUUCUGUCCUUGGAUACUGCUUGCUACCGGUAGUCGCUCUAGCUGGAUUGAGCAUCUUUACAAGUCUCCGUGGAGCUCCGGGUCUACUUCUAGCAAGCCUCGCCGUCGCCUGGGCCACUCUGUCCGCGUCCAGACUCUUCUCAGCCAUGUCUGGAGAAGAAAAGCAGCGGCUGCUUAUUGCUUACCCGUGUCUGCUGCUCUAUGGAGUGAAUACCAUCGGAUCCAGCACAAAUUCAACAGCCGAUAUUAGUAUGCACUGCACAUAUACACUGGGAUCCGGAGUACUGUGA